CUCUUCCUCCUCCUCCUGCUGCAGCUAACAGUGUUCAGUCGCAGAACCAUUCCUGUGUCUGUCUGCUCGUUGGUCCUGCUGCAGCAUCCUGUUCCAUGAACCUGUCUUCAACCUCAACCUUCAAGUCAAGAUGAGGCCAAGUGGCAUGCUGAGAAAGCAUCGUGUGUACAGGGGAUUAUUUGACAGGGGAAUAUGGUUCUUUUCAAUAUAUCAAGAAAUACAGCUGGAAUCUGUGGCAGUAAAUGUAACCAUCCAGGACUUUGUGGCUGAUGUGGAGUCUAAGCUGUUUUUCCGCAAUAAGCAGCAAGUCUCUGAGGAGAUCAUGUUCGUCUUUCCUGUGGACCCUGACACUGUUGUAUACACCUUCUAUGCUACAAUGGGGGACACCCGUAUUGAAGCAAUGCUCUGGGACAAGGAGGAGGCCCAGAAGCUGCACAAAGCCACUUCAGGCAUGGAGAAUUUGAGAUACCUGCAAGAUCAGCCAGAUAUUUGGGGUCCAGUGUUUGCCUGUUUCUUGGGGACCCUGCCUCCUAACAGGGAUGUGGCCAUCAACCUGUGCUAUAUCCAGGAGCUGCCGCUGCAUACUGAUGGAGCUGCCUUGUUUUGCUGGUCACGAUACCUUCUCCCCCAACAUAUGCGCUUUAACUGGCAGAUUUCUGAGGACGAGAUACUGGAAAACCUGCACUUUAGAAUCUGCCUGCAGUCAGCCUGUGGUGUGUCUCAUGUAGACAUUAACAGCAGCCACACCCCUCUGCAAUACACAGCUCCAGAUCAGACAUCUGCUGAGGUAUGGCUCUGUCAGAUGCCAGAGUCCCAAAGUGGCAAAGUAGGGAAGGGUCUGUGAUGUACUGAUGAUACUAAGGACUC